AUGAAAAGAUCACAGAAGGUCGCUGUCAUCGGCGCCGGACCCAGUGGACUCGCCGCGCUCAAAAAUCUGAAGGAGGAAGGGUUCGAUGUCACAGUGAUUGAGCGGAGAGCGGAUGUCGGUGGUGUCUGGGCUUUUUCGGACGAUGCUGGGAUUACUUCCACGCUUCCAGCGACCAUAUCGAACGUUAGCAAGUUUGGCAACUCCUUUACGGACUUCCCAAUUCCUGAUGAUUUCCCGGUACAUCCAACGGCGGCACAAACAUGCGAUUAUAUCAAGUCGUAUGCCUCUCAUUUUGACCUCCAUCGGCACGUCCAGCUCAAUACAUCUGUUCAAUGGAUAAAGCGCAGCGCCGAUGAUGCGAAUUGGCAGGUGUGCACGAUUACAAGCGGGAAAGAAGAGAUCACAGACUUCUAUCGAGUCGUUAUCGCAACAGGGCUAUCGACCGUAGCCUCUAUUCCCAAGUUUGAAAAUGCUGAUGCAUUCAAGGGGAAGAUUUUGCAUGUCCAGGCUUUCAAAGAGCCUUCAGACUUUAAGGACAUGGAUGUCUUGGUCCUCGGAAUAGGGAAUAGCGCUGCAGAUACAUCAACGCAGCUUAUUGGACAUGCCAAAAGCAUCUAUCUCUCACACCGUGCAGGUGUAAAGAUCCUACCACGAAAGAUCCGAAACAAACCUCUGGAUUUUGUCAUCACCCGGCAGAAGAACGUCGUAAAGUUCGCUCUCGAUCGGUACAUACCAGCCCUCAGCCGUUGGCUUUUCGACCUUACUAUCGAAAAGUACUCCAGGCAGUCAUUCAAGCUCGAUCCCGCGUGGCGGCUAUCCCCCGCCCCGUCUCUGGCAAAACACCAACCCUUGAUUACAGAUAAUCUAGUAAGCAGCCUCUGGGCGAAGGACAUCAUAUCUGUACAUGGCCUGCGGCGGUUCAUCGGCGAUGGCGAAGUCGAACUGACGGACGGGACAGCCCUCCACGUGGAUGCUGUCAUUCUAUGCACCGGCUACGAGCCCGACUUCUCAAUAAUGCCUGAGUUCAGCCCGCUCGAUACCAGCAAGAGAGCCGGCAUCUACAAGGCACCCCUAGCAAGACUAUACCAGAACAUAUUCCCUCCACAAUACGCCGACUCCCUCGCUUAUCUCAACUACUUCGCCCUGACCGACGGCGUCAUGAAGGUCUCGGAUCUCGCCACCAUGGCUCUCGCACAGAUAUGGAAAGGCAGCUACCAACUGCCCCCUCGAGACAAAAUGAAUGCUGAGAUUGACAGACAUCAUGAGUGGGUCAGAGCGUUAGGGCAGGGUGACAGCGUCUAUACCGGACUCGUGAGACCAGGACCUUGGUAUGCAUUUCUGGACAGCGCGGCGGGAACAGGCGUCGAUGAGCAUCUGGGGUACGGGUUGAACGGGUGGAGGUUCUGGUGGCGAGAGAGGCACCUGUGUAAUCUGAUGAUGAGAGGCGUCAUGACGCCUUUCAUGUAUCGCUUUUUUGAGGGCAGGAGGAAGAGGUGGGGAGGUGCUAGGAAGGCGAUCGUACAUGCGAAUGAGUGGGCGAAGGCAUAUGCUGCGUGA